GCAGUGGAAGGCGACCACAGCUCCUUCCCGGUGCGCGCCAUCCGCAAUGAACAACCCCUGCUCAUCCUGCUGUCCUGGCUCAAGAUCUCCAAGAAUUCUGAUGCACGGGGUCUCUGCCACCAGCCCAGUGCAGUGGAAGGCGACCACAGCUCCUUCCCGGUGCGCGCCAUCCGCAAUGAACAACCCCUGCUCAUCCUGCUGUCCUGGCUGCCAGCACUGGCGUGCCGGAAGCUGCAGGUCUUCCUCUCGUGCCAGCUGCGGUGGCUCUGCGAAGCCUCCCUGCCCAGCCGUCUCACCUGCGUCAAGGCGGGCAUGCACUGCGUUGACAUUGUCCACGUUGCCGGUCGCCGGCCCUUUGGCCAGAACAUCGUCAGCAUCUACACGGAAGACGGCGCAGCUCCGCUUCCCUUCCCUCCACGAGGACCAAAUGUCACGUCACCGUUUACACUGGAAAGUGACUUGGUGGAGCUCAGCAGCAAGCUCUUGCUCUACUACACCCCUCAGGCCUGCAGGAACAACAUCUGCCUGGACCUCUCUCCCAGCCACGGCUUGGACGGGAGGCUGACGGGGCACAAGGUGGUCAACUGGGACAUCAAGGAUGUGGUCAACUGCGUGGGUGGGAUGGGCGUGCUGCUCCCCCUUCUCGAGCAAGUGGUGUCCAAGAAGGAGGAGCCCGAGGAUGAGCCAGAGACCAAUGACCUGGUCGGGCCAGAGCUGACGUCUUCCAGGAAUGCGCAUGACACUGGGCAGGUCCUCAGGCUGGAGAGGAACACCGUGGCCGCCUUCCUGCUGCUGGUGAAGAACUUCAUCCAGAACCACCCGGUGAACCAGGAGAGCCUGGUGCAGUGCCACGGGCCGGCCAUCAUCGGGGCGCUGCUGCAGAAGGUGUGGGGGGCUACCAAAAACUCCAUCCUGUGGUCCCCAGGGUCAUUCCCCAAGGGCUGUAAAGCCUCCCUUCUCGACAUGAGCACGUUGAUGGCCUCGCAGAUCCUCAUGGAGCAGGUUGCCUCCGAGGGCAGCGGGCUCCUGCUGCACCUCCUCUACCAGCAUCUCCUCUUCGAUUUCCGCAUCUGGAGCAACAGCGACUUCGCCGUCCGCUUAGGUCACAUCCAGUAUCUGGCCAACAUCGUCAAGGACCACAAGCAGCGCAUCCGCAAGAAGUACGGGGUGCAGUACAUCCUCGACUCCAUCCGGACGUACUAUGGCACCUCCAGGGAGAAGACCGUGGCCACCGAUGACAUCAAGACAGUGCAAACGUCCCUCUUCAGCUUGGUGAAGGAUUUCUUCUGCCGGAGCUUCUCUGGAGAGGAGAUGCAGAGCUUGCUGAGCUACGUGGCCGGGGCGCAGGAUGAGCAGCAGGUCUGCGGGGCGCUAGAGGUGAUACACAGCCUGCUGAAAGGUUCGCCGGCCCAGGAGCAGCUCUUUGCCUUCCUCUUUGAGCCUGGCCAUGUGGAGGUCCUCUUCUCGCUGCUGGUGCAGAAGAAGUUCUCGGAUGAAGUGCGGGAGAGGGUCUUCAAGGUCCUUUACAAGAUGCUGAAGUAUGAGAAGGUUCCUGAGCGUAGCAAGAACCGCCUGAAGCUGAAGGACAUCGGGUACCAGGGGCUCAUCACCUUCCUCAGUGACAUCCCCGGCUCCAUGCUGCUCUUCCGCUGCCUUUCGGAGCAGGUCCUUGGAGCAGACCCUCCCAACUACAAGGACCUAAUGGCCGUGGUUUACCUGUCCCACCGGGCUGAGCUGACUGUCCGGCUCGAUAUCUGCCGCAAGCUCUUCCACUUGAUCUACGCUCAGCAGGACAUGGUGAAGCAGCUGGCGAGGUUGGCCGGCUGGCAGGACACACUCACCAAGCUCUAUGUCAAAGAGUCCUACGAGUCCCGCCAGCACAGCCUGAGCAUCACGAGCAAUGGGGGCUGCCUGGAGUUCCUCCGCCUCUCAGACCCCCCGGGCAAAGAGGGGACGAGCCCACCACUGGCCGAGCUGCAGGAGUUGGACGUCUUCCUGCCACUGGGCUACGAGACCUCGGACCAGGAGCUCUCCGAGGGCUUCUCCGACCACUCCUUCUCCCCAGGCGGCCGUACCAAGUCCUUCCACUCCUACAACUUCAAGUCUUUCGACUCCUCCGACCGGGCCAGCCGCUCCUCCUCCAACCCUGGUGAUGGUCCUCCCUUCGACAGUGUCUACCACCCACUCUCGCCCUUCUCCACCUCACCCUUUGACCUGGGACUCGACCUGGCCAGCACCAGCUCCAUUGCAACGGCCGAGAGCGGCACGCAGACCCCUGCCAGUGGCCCUGGCACCCCCUCGCCCCUGGAGAGCUUCAAGCCCUUCCCAGGGAUGCGAGCACGCAAGAGUUCCAGCCUCUCCAACGUCCUGGAUGAGAGCAGCUACCAGGACGCACUGCCCAGUGACAACAUUUCCAACACCAGCAACCCCCAGCAAACACCCGAGGAGGAGCUGUGCAACCUCCUGACCAACAUCGUCUUCUCGGUGACCUGGCGCGGGGUGGAGGGCUGGGAUGACAUGGCGUGGAGGGAACGUGGGCAGGUCUUCUCCGUCCUCACCAAGCUGGGGAUGGCGUGCGAGCUGGUGCGGCCCCCCGAUGAGGUCAAGCGCAGCUUGCUGGAGAUGAUGCUGGAGUCGGCACUGACGGACUUGAAGGAGUCGGGGCCGACCGCCCUACCUGGUCUCACCCACAAUGCCCUCAAGCUGCUGCGGCUGCUCCAGGACUUCUUGUUCUCCGAGGGACACAACAACCAGGCCCUAUGGAGCGAGAAGGUGAAUGGGCACUAG